GAGGAUUGAGAUGGCCCACUAACUCAUCUCUUCCUUUGGCUCCUCUCCAAUUGAGCGUUACUCGUCAUAGAGGGUUUCGAUUCUCUAUUUAUUAUCUUUUCAUUUUUAUUUUUUUUGAAAUUUCUUCACUUCCGCAAAAAAGAAGGCAACUCUCAAAGCAAGCUAUUCCCCCAUGGCUUCCAAUUUGCAGAAGGAAUCCACUGCAGCUGAUGAGAAAUCGACUUUGACAAUGGAGAACAAAAGUCCGAAACCAGAAACAUCCACCACUGAGAACAAAACUUCGAAACCAGAAACUUCCACUGGGGUGUCACAACCAGCACAGGCUGGAGCUUCCCCUGCCCCAAUGCCUGGACUUGGGUUUGCUCCACCCAAUCCGUUUGAUUUCUCAGCCAUGAGUGGCCUUCUUAAUGAUCCAAGCAUCAAGGAACUAGCUGAGCAGAUAGCAAAAGAUCCUUCAUUUAACCAAAUGGCUGAGCAGCUUACUAAAACGUUUCAAGGUGCAGCGAUUGAAGAGAGUAUGCCGCAGUUUGAUGCACAACAGUACUAUUCAACUAUGCAACAGGUUAUGCAGAAUCCUCAGUUUGUGACCAUGGCUGAGCGCCUUGGUAAUGCAUUAAUGCAGGAUCCAGCUAUGUCUAGCAUGCUUGACGGUUUGACUAAUCCACAACAGAAAGAGCAGAUUGAGGAAAGGAUGGCACGUAUCAAAGAAGAUCCAUCAUUGAAACAUAUUCUAGAAGAAAUAGAGACUGGAGGUCCCACAGCAAUGAUGAGGUACUGGAAUGAUAAAGACGUUCUGCAGAAGUUGGGUGAAGCAAUGGGUCUUCCAGUUUCAGGAGAUGCAGCCACUUCUGCUGGUAACCCUGCAGCAGAUGAAGUAGAUGAAGAUUAUGAAGUAGGAAAUGAGGAUGAGCCAAUUGUACAUCAUUGUGCUAGUGUUGGUGAUGUUGAGGGUCUGAAAACUGCACUGGCCUCUGGUGCUGACAAGGAUGAAGAAGAUUCUGAGGGAAGGACAGCAUUGCAUUUUGCAUGUGGAUAUGGUGAGGUGAAAUGCGUUCAAAUCCUUCUUGAAGCUGGAGCAACCGUGGAUGCUUUGGACAAGAAUAAGAAUACUGCACUUCAUUAUGCAGCUGGUUAUGGAAGGAAAGACUGUGUGGCCCUUCUACUGGAGAAUGGCGCAGCUGUCACUCUCCAAAACAUGGAUGGCAAGACUCCCAUCGAUGUCGCCAAGCUCAACAAUCAGAAUGAUGUACUAAAGUUGCUGGAGAAGGAUGCCUUCCUGUGAGUUGGGAGGGGGCAAUGGCACCUGUAUGUUUGGGUCUAGCAUGUUAUAUAGGCAGUCACUAUUGUAUGAGACAAAUUUGCUUUUGAUCGGUAUGGGGUUGUGAUCACUACCCGACUCGUUGUCUAUGCUGUCUGGUUGCUACAUUUUGGAAUUUUUUUUUUUUUAAAUUAGUAUUUCAAAUUUAUUUCCUGAAAUAGUUUCAAUGUGGGGAAUGGACCAUGUGGACCACACACCAACAUGUCCACAUGUUCAUUUAAUCAAGAUUGAAGGCCUGUAUAAUGAAAAAGAACCUUUUUAUUUUGUUUGUUUUUGUUAAUCAAAGUAAAGAAAAGCAUUGAAGGUUCAACUU